ACCUGUUGCAAGAAUUGCGUCUGUCUGUACUACACCAUCACGUACUUGAAUAUGUCCGAUCAUCAUCAUCAUCAUCAUGGCCACGAUUGCGGCCAUUCCCAUGAAGGCAAUGCCUACACCCAAAACCUCCACGAAGUCUCCCUCACGUCCUCCCGUUCCCUCCACUACGCCGCCAAAUCAGGUCCGCCCACACACCUCCAUGCCCUCCUCCAAAAAGGCAAAAGAGUAGACGAACGAGACACGUCAGGCUACACCCCUCUCCUCCACGCCGCACGUUCUGGGCAUAUCGAUGUCAUCAGCGUACUGGUCGAGGCUGGCGCUGAUGUGAAUGCGCAUACACCAGAGAUGAGGUCGACAGUGUUACAUCGACUGAGUAUACAUAGAGAUGCUACAGGGAUGGUGGAGGUGUUGAUUAGGAGGGGCGCGGAUGUAUGUGCGCAAGAUGGAGAUGGGGAAACGGCCUUGCACAAAGCAUGUUCAGUAUCUGAAAACGAGAAGACGGUGGAGCUGCUAUACGAGAAGAUGACGAAGAAGGGCGGACCGGAUCUACGGAAUCGAAAAGGAGAAAGCGCGCAGGAGGUAUACAACCGCUACAUGAAAUGUUGAUGUGAAGGUGGUAGGACGAACUAUAAGUUGGGGCAGAGAGAGGUGGGAGAAUACGCAGGACGUGAGGGUGUUACUUUGGAGUGGAUGACACUGAGCGGGGGUUGCGUGAACGGUGAGGAGGUGAAGGCGUUUGUGCAGAAGGAACUGACAAGAUGAAGACUGAACGAAAAGAUGAGACUGAGAAGAUAUCUUUCAAGAGAGACCAGCUCCCAAGCUCGACCAUCUACCUAAAGUAAAAACCGC